AUGUAUUGGAAGAGCGACCCGAUGUUCGUCUGCAGGCUGGAGGACAAGGACCUGCCCGCGCUCGGCGGCCCCUCGGAGAAGGCCAGCCCCGCAGCGGCCGACGAGGACUCCUGCUCUUCCUCCGCCGCCCUGUCGCCCUCCUCCUCGCCGCGGUCCAUGGCCUCGGGCUCCGGCUGCGCCCCCAGCAAGUGCGUGUGCAGCAGCUGCGGCCUGGAGAUCGUGGACAAGUACCUGCUGAAGGUAAACGACCUCUGCUGGCAUGUGCGCUGUCUCUCAUGCAGCGUUUGCAGAACGUCUCUAGGAAGGCAUACCAGCUGUUACAUCAAAGAUAAAGAUAUCUUCUGCAAACUUGAUUAUUUCAGGCGGUACGGCACCCGCUGUUCCCGCUGCGGGAGGCACAUUCAUUCUACUGACUGGGUCCGAAGGGCUAAGGGAAACGUGUACCACUUGGCAUGCUUUGCGUGCUUCUCCUGCAAAAGACAGCUUUCUACUGGGGAGGAGUUUGCUUUGGUCGAAGAGAAAGUUCUUUGUAGAGUACAUUACGACUGCAUGUUGGACAAUCUGAAGAGAGAAGUUGAAAAUGGUAAUGGAAUUAGUGUGGAAGGAGCGUUGCUAACAGAACAAGAUGUUAAUCAUCCAAAACCAGCAAAAAGAGCUCGGACCAGCUUCACAGCAGAUCAACUCCAGGUUAUGCAAGCACAGUUUGCUCAGGACAACAAUCCAGAUGCACAAACGCUUCAGAAACUGGCAGAAAGAACAGGCUUGAGCAGGCGUGUUAUACAGGUGUGGUUUCAGAAUUGCAGAGCACGCCAUAAGAAACAUGUUAGUCCUAAUCAUUCAUCUACUGCUCCUGUCACAGCAGUUCAGCCCUCCAGGCUGUCUCCACCCAUGUUAGAAGAAAUGGCAUACUCUGCGUACGUACCCCAGGAUGGGACUAUGUUAACUGCUCUACACAGCUAUAUGGAUGCUCAUUCGCCUACAGCUCUUGGACUCCAGCCUUUGCUACCCCAUUCAAUGACACAACUGCCGAUAAGUCACACCUAA